AUGAAGGAAAAGUCCGAGUUUAGAUGGAGCGACGAACACCAGCAGGCUCUCGACUGUCUCAGGAAACUGCUCUCAUCGCCAACCACCAUGAUAGCUCCUCGGACAGGGAUUCCCCUCAAACUCUAUAUUACCUCGACAGAGCGCUCUAUUGGGGCGCUCCUCGCUCAGGAAAAGGACGGUCAAGAGCGCCCCGUGUAUUACAUCAGCCGAGUCGUGCAAGGUGUCGAGGCACGCUAUUCUCCGAUAGAACGCCAUUGCCUCUCCCUCGCCUUUGCAGCCAAGAAAUUCCGCCAUUAUUUCUUAGCCUAUACCAUUCAUCUCAUCACCAAGUGUGACCCGUUGAGAUAUCUGCUCUCGUGUCCAAUCAUUUCGAGGCGAAUGGCACGAUGGCUCUUAAUGUUAGCCGAGUUCGAUAUCCAUUGUCUAGCACCACGGGCCAUCCUAAGUCAAGCCUUGGCAGAUCUGAUAGCCCAAUUCCCCUUUGAAAAUUUCGAGCCGGUGCAGGAUGAUCUUCCCCUCGAUGAAUUCGAGUCGAUUUGUUGCGUGGAUGAGAACAUGAUCUGGACUCUGUCAUUUGAUGGAUCAUCAACCUCUAUAGGAGGGGGCGCAGGAGUAGUGUUAACCCCUGAAGAGGGGAAAGCCCGAAAUUUUUCAUACAAGCUCACCUUUGGAUGUUCUAAUAACACAGCAGAGUAUGAAGCUUUGGUACUGGGUCUUCUGGCGGCCUGGGAAGCUAAAAUCAAGCAGUUGCACGUGCAAGGGGAUUCAAACUUGGUGGUAAAACAACUAGAUGGCUCUUAUGCUAUCAAAGAGCCAGCUUUGGCAGCAUACAGAACUAUUAUCCAGAAGCUCAGUGGUCACUUUAGUGAGCUCCAAAUAACCCAUGCACCGAGGGAUGCUAACCGGCAUCCGGACGCCCUGGCCACUCUGGCAUCCAAGGUCGAGAUUACAGGAGAAUCAGUAGACAUCCGUAUUCACAGGAAGAAUGAGUCAUGUCUACACAACAUAAAGUGCACGGGCAAUGAAGACAAGGAAGACUGGCAAGCUCACUAUGAAUCGCAGCUGAAGUGCGGCACGGGCGAGGUUCCUUUGUCGGAACUAAAAAAUUUUGCGCUGUAUUUUGGAGUGUUGUACUUUAGAGCGCCUGGCGGAACCUUGGCAAGAUGCAUCGGAGAAGAAGAGGCAGGAAAAGUAUUGGAUGAAAUUCAUAGGCACACCUGCGGCGACAAUUCCUUAAGUCUGUACCGAAGAAUACAAGGGCAAGGGUAUUACUGA